GUGUGUGUGUGUGUGUGUGUGUGUGUGUGUGUGUGUGUGUGUAGCACGGCCAUAGCUAUCCGCUGUAAAGAUGGAGUUGUGUUCGGGGUGGAGAAACUUGUUCUGUCAAAACUCUACGAACAAGGAUCUAACAAGCGUAUCUUCAACAUCGACAGACACGUCGGCAUGGCGGUAGCAGGUCUGUUGGCUGAUGCGCGUUCUCUGUCUGAAGUAGCGAGAGAUGAAGCGUCCAGCUUCAGGUCCAGUUAUGGACACGACAUCCCUCUGAAGCACCUGUCGGACCGAGUGGCCAUGUACGUCCACGCCUACACGCUCUACAGCGCCGUGAGGCCGUUCGGCUGCAGUUUCAUUCUGGGCUCGUAUGACAAAGACGACGGUCCUCAACUCUACAUGGUCGACCCAUCAGGGAUCUCACAUGUGAGUCGGUCCACACACACACACACACAACCAAAAUAACAGGAGAGAUGCUUCAGCCUAAUU